AACAAAACAAAACAAAACAAAACAACCUUAUUCGUCACGUAUCACUUUCCAUUCUGCUCAAACAAACACCCUCUCUGGUUUUGCCCCCAUCAAUCUCAUAAAACAGUAACAUAACAGUAAAAAAAUUCCAAUUUUAACCACCAAUAAUUUUAACUUUUCAGAGGUAAAAGAAACUGAGAAAAAAGAAAAGAAAAGAAGAAGAGUGACAUAACAGAUCCUUAUAAAUAGGCGCGCACAUCACACGUAGCAACGAACAAACCUUCACCGGAAACUGGCUCUGACGGUAUCAUCAUGAGUGGUCCGUCGCGAGAAGAGGAUUCAAAGGUGGAGGAGAGAGAACAUAAGGAAGGAGAAGGUAACCGGUUACUGGAACUAGAAGGUGAAUCGGAGACGGAGGAGGAGGAUGAAGCGGCGUAUGAAUCCGGCGAGAAAAUCGUGGUGGUGGAUUUCGAAUUUGAUUCCGUGGAUGAUUCAGCGGUUCCUCCUUUUUCAUGGAAGAAGCUAUGGAUGUUCACUGGACCUGGAUUCUUGAUGAGUAUAGCUUUUUUGGAUCCGGGGAAUCUGGAAGGGGAUCUGCAGGCCGGAGCGAUUGCCGGAUAUUCGCUGUUGUGGUUGUUGAUGUGGGCUACUUUCAUGGGGUUGUUGAUUCAGCUUCUUUCUGCGAGAGUUGGUGUUGCUACUGGUCGUCAUCUUGCUGAGCUUUGUAGGGAGGAGUACCCUAAUUGGGCUCGUUACGUGCUUUGGUUUAUGGCGGAAUUGGCUUUGAUUGGGGCUGAUAUUCAAGAGGUUAUUGGGAGUGCGAUUGCUAUUCAGAUUCUUAGCCGUGGUGUUUUGCCUCUUUGGGCUGGUGUUCUUAUCACUGCUUCUGAUUGCUUUUUCUUUCUAUUUCUUGAGAACUACGGAGUAAGGAAGUUGGAAGCUGCUUUUGCAGUUCUAAUUGCUACCAUGGCUGUUUCUUUUGCCUGGAUGUUUGGUGACACAAAACCUAGUGGAAAAGAGCUCUUGAUGGGUAUUUUGAUUCCAAGACUUAGCUCAAAAACAAUUCGUCAGGCUGUGGGCGUUGUGGGAUGUGUCAUUAUGCCUCACAAUGUAUUUCUGCAUUCUGCUUUAGUUCAGUCAAGGAAGAUUGAUCCACUUAAGAAAGGCCGGGUGCAAGAGGCUCUUAAUUACUAUAAUAUUGAGUCAACGGUUGCACUUUCAGUCACCUUCAUGAUUAAUCUAUUUGUCACGACAGUUUUUGCCAAGGGUUUCUAUGGUACAAAGCAGGCAAAUAGCAUAGGAUUGGUGAAUGCAGGGCAGUAUCUUGAGGAAAAAUAUGGAGGAGGUCUCUUCCCUAUUCUUUAUAUAUGGGGAAUUGGGUUAUUGGCGGCUGGACAAAGUAGCACUAUCACUGGCACGUAUGCGGGGCAAUUCAUAAUGGGGGGUUUCCUCAACCUUCGAUUAAAGAAAUGGUUGAGAGCAUUGAUCACCCGGAGUUGUGCAAUCGUGCCAACUAUAAUUGUAGCUAUUGUUUAUAACAGCUCAGAAGCCUCAUUGGAUGUUUUGAAUGAAUGGCUUAAUGUACUUCAGUCCGUACAAAUUCCCUUUGCAUUGAUUCCCCUCCUCACGUUGGUCUCCAAAGAGCGUAUCAUGGGGUCCUUUAAGAUUGGGCCUGUUCUUGAGAGGGUGGCAUGGACGGUUGCUGCACUGAUAAUAGUAAUUAAUGGCUAUCUCUUGGUAGAUUUCUUCGUUUCUGAGGUGAACGGUGUAUUGUUUGGUUUUGUAGCCUGCUCUUGCACAGUUUUAUACAUUGCAUUCCUUGUAUAUUUAAUUUCACAAAGUGGCGCUCUUCCUUCCGCAUUGGUGGAUCGACUUCCAAAGGGAUUUUCCGUUACUGAGAACUAAACCAACAUAAGUCACAGCAUUGAAUAUAUGGAAAUAGCACGGCAAGCCUCAGCUAGACAAUUUUGCUUGAUAAGUUUUACUCAUACACUGUGAAGGAUGCAUUAGAGUUCCUCCAACCCUGCAAUGGGGAUUAAAGGAUGUACAAGGUCAGAUAGGGAAAAGAACCUAGGUUUAACCGCACUUGUUUUAUCCAAUAGGGUUAUAGAGGUUACCUACAACGUGUAAACAAGACGAUAAUGGAAGAUGUGGAGAGAGCAUCGUUACAAUUUACUAUUUGCAGGAUAGAUUAUUUUCCUGCCUGUUUUAUUAUUUUUCUAAGUUGUGAAUUGCUCCACUAUUCUUUGAUGUAAACAGUUGUGUUUAAAUAAACAGAAUAAUGCUGAUCCGGGUCCUCUACACCAA